GGCCGGUAGUUUGGCCGAUCGAAUUAAAACAUUACGCGUGUAGUGUCAUACGCACGUUGGAAGGUAUAAAGAAUCGAAUCACCUGAUCGCCAUUGGUUCCUUCCAAGAAUGCACAUCACGUUGGCUUUUUUUGCCCUAUUAGUCGCUUUAGUUUCGACGGUAUCUUCUAAUCAGGAAAAAGAAAAUUUAACAGAGAAUGCGUUAAAUUACACGACAGGUCUAAAUCCGAUAGACGAUAAAUUAUUUUUCGGAUGGUGGCAACAGCUUUUUGGCCCAAAGCCGGCUAUGACAACUGUGAUACCCGAUGAACCUGCACACACACACGCUUGUUCUUCGUGCGAAUGUGGAAUAACAAAUAAACGACACAGAAUUGUUGGUGGAGUCGAGACUCAAGUGAAUCAAUAUCCAUGGGUGGCAUUGCUGAUGCACAAAGGUCGAUUUUACUGCGGAGGCACUGUAAUUAAUUCAAAAUUUGUGCUGACAGCUUCUCACUGUGUCGUUGACAGAUUCGACAAAAAUGCCAUAGUGGUGAGAAUAUUAGAACACGAUAGAAAUACAACGUCAGAAUCAGACAUUCAGAACUUCAAAGUUUCGGAAAUCCUUCGACAUGGAUCUUAUUCAACAGUAAAUUACGACAACGAUAUAGCCCUAUUAAAAAUUGAAGGCGAGUUCAAUUUCAAGGACGGGAUGAGACCUGUGUGUUUGCCUGAAAAAGCAAAAACUUUCUCUGGCAUGACAGGCAUUGUGACAGGGUGGGGCGCUGUUCAACAGUCAGGACCGCUUUCAACAGUUUUGCAAGAGGUCAUGGUGCCCAUAAUGUCAAACGAAGAAUGUCGUAUGACAAGAUAUCCUGCUCGUAGGAUUACCGAUAACAUGCUCUGUGCUGGCUACAGAGAGGGGGCGAAGGAUUCAUGUCAGGGUGACAGUGGUGGUCCUCUGCAUGUGGCAAAUGAAACUGUUCACAGCAUAGUGGGGGUUGUAUCGUGGGGUGAGGGAUGCGCUCAGCCCAAUUUUCCUGGAGUCUACACCAGAGUUAAUCGCUUCCUCACGUGGAUAGAACGCAACACCGCUGAUGCUUGUUAUUGUGACGCUGUUUUAAGGAAAAAGAUAAGUAAAUAAGAGACUAUUCGAUUCAGAAUAAUUUUUCCUUCAAAUGACUGUUCUAACUAGUUAAUAAAAAAUGUAUCUCCACAAUCUAAAAUAUGCACAAUUGGGUGAGUCGAAAAGACAAAAUUAUGACAACUAAAAUUGGAAGUAUAAGAAAAAUUAUCAUAUGGGAAUACUGAAAAAUAGGGUAUCAGGACCUUGAAAAAAUAAUUAUAAGGAUCCUGGGAAAUAGUUUAUGAGGGCGCUUAAAAAGUAUAAUUAAUUUGGUACCGAUUGAUAUACGCAUUCAACUCGAGCGUUCAGUUUUUUGCUUAAAGUUCUCCUGGUUUUAAUGAACCUCUGUUUAAAAAAAAAAAUCUCAAAAUCUACAAAAAUUGGGAAAUAUCCUUUUUUUAUGUAUUUAAGACUUUUCUAUGGUAUGUAAAAUACAUUGGAAAAAAUUUGAUAAGCAUGCGAAAUUUAAUUUUUGAAAACACAACAUUCAAAGUUUAUAAAAUUUAUUGAGUCUACAUUUAUGAUUUUCCAGAUAUCUCAAAUUUUUUUCCAAUGUAUUUUUAUUAGUAGAAAACCCUCAAAUACCUGAAAAAAAUCUUUCGUCAUUCCUUUAGACUUUAAAAUUGUUUUUUGAAAGCAGGAUUCCAUUGAACAUACGUUGCCACCGAAAGAGCAUUAAUCAGAAAGUUAAAUAACAUCUAAGAGACGUUGAAGACCUUUAAAAAGAUUUUCAAAAAUUGACACUCAUGAAAAUAAUAAUUUUUUAAAGUACAUUCUGCUAUUGUUCGGUUUAAAGGCUUCCAUCAAUCGGCGCCAAAUUAAUUCUACUUUUUUCAUGAUCCUCAAACACAACGUAUCUAUAUAGUUCCAAUUUUGAUUUGUAUAAUUUUUUCGAAUAAUCCUACUACAUAAUAAGGUGUCUUAUAAAAUCAUUUUCUAAAGAUUUUUUGACACUGUGACUCAAAAAUUUCUUUCUUUCAGAUAGCAAAAUAUUCCUUAGUUUUAAAGUUGAUUUUUUUUACAAUUUUAACUAUUUUAUCUUUAACAAUACAGGAAAUUCUUUAAAAGGGUGUCAUGUGUCCCUCAAUUUUUUUUCCGCAUGAACAAAUAUUUUAAGGUGUUUAUUGACAGCCUUAAACCUGUAAUUUUAUGAUAAAGUUGAAAUUAAGAAGUAUUACUCUCACGAAAAUUUUCUUUUCAAUCAUGAAACUUUCAGGAAAUGUAACUUACUUUACUGGCAAUACUCAGAAAAUAUAAUCUUUGGCAAUACUUGUCUUAUAUUUAAAAAAUAAUUUAAACAUUAAAAUGUCAAUAAAUUUUUGUCUUGCCCUAUGUUUAACCUUGUUUUUUAUAUUAAAUAGAAAAAAAUUUUAGCUAAUAACUAAUACAUAAUUAAGUUUGUACAUCAUUUAUAGCUUUUUAUAUGUAACUCACACGAAAUCCCAGAAAAUGCUUUUUAAUAAUUUUGAAAUGUUUCAGAAGAA